CAUGUAAUAUAUACCCCCACACACAUCCCCAACCAAAGCUCAUUUACUAGAGGGUCAACUCUCAAACCCAACUCCAACCAUCCUUCCUCUCUCUCUCAGUCUCCCUCUCCACCGCAAACUACCGCGGCCGCUACCAUGUCUUCCAAGGACUGCGGCCAACAUGGCCACAAAAAGUGGCGGAAUAGGUGUCGCCGCUGCUGCGCUGGGCUCCUAAUCUUCAACUUCAUCCUGCUCGUCACCAUCCUCAUCGUGUGGGCCAUCCUCCAGCCCUCCAAACCCCGCUUCAUCCUCCAAGACGUCACCGUUUUCCAAUUCAACAACUCCGUACCCAACGUCUUCUCCUCCAGCUUCCAGGUCACCGUCUCCUCCCGCAACCCCAACGACAAGAUCGGCAUCUACUACGACAAGCUCAACAUCUACGCGACAUACCGUAACCAGCAGAUCACCUUCUCCACGCUCAUCCCGCCGGUGUAUCAGGGUCACAAGGACGUCAACAUCUGGUCGCCGUUCAUCUACGGCACCAACGUCCCCAUCGCGCCGUACAAUUCCCUGGCGCUGGACCAGGACAAGAAUGCUGGGUCCGUUUUUUUGCUGCUGAAGAUGGACGGCAAGGUGAGGUGGAAGGUCGGGACUUUUAUCUCGGGCAAGUACCAUUUCUACGUUCGGUGCCCCGCUUUUAUACCUUUGGGCCCGAAGAACAACGGGGUUGUGGUUGGAAAUAACGCCAUCAAGUACCAGCUGCUGCAGCAUUGCAAAGUGAGCGUGUGAAGAAGAUGGACGGGAACUGGAGGCUAAAUGUUACCGUUAAGUAACGCCGAGUUCAUUUUCUUUAAUUUUUCUCAAAUUUCUUCUUCUUUUUUCUUCUUAAUUUGAACUUUUAGUUGGAGUCUUGCGUCUGGUUAUAUAAUUAUAUAUACGCUUUGGUGUUUUGAAUUGUAAAUUUUGCUAUAGAAUAAAAACGGAGGAUUAUGAUAGAGCGUAUAGCAAAAUUACAGUCGGUCGGUGGUAAUUGAUUUUAAA